AUGGCGCUCGCGCGGCACAAGGGCGAGAUCUUGCACUACGCGGACGAGCUGUCGCAUUACCUGCUCGACGAGACGCCGCUCUCUCCGGAGGCUUUCGGAUUGGAGCUCGGGAGAGGGAAGCGCACGGAGCAACGACAGAAACGGAGGAUCGCCGCGGCCGCGGCGGCCGCCGCCGCCGCGGGGAAGGAGCGCGCGUCGUCAUUCGCGCGGCGCGAGCGCGACGCGGAGCUGAUGACGAAGACGAAGACGCCCGCCGCGGAGGACGCGACGCAGCGGAUGUCGCGACGGCUGCGCGAGGGACGAGCGCAGCAUCAUCAACAUCCCGCGUCGCGCGGCGUCGAGCUCCGAGACCGACGACGACGAGACGGGGAGGAGAACGCGGACGCCGCGGCGGACGCGUCGUCGAAAUCGAAGUCGCCGCCGUUCAGGAAGCUCGCCGCGGCGACGAGCGCGCGCGGCGACGGCGAGGGGCGCGAGGCGGACGGCGGCGCGCGCGCGCGUCACACGCUGCGAGAUCUCAUGACGGUGAACGCGUCUCUCGGCGUGCUCCGGUCGCCGUGGCGAGGCGCGAAUCUGUGCGAGGAGCGGGAGAAGGAAGACGGAACGUCGACCGUCGCGGCGGCGGACGACGCGAAGGGCGGCGAAGAGGACGACGCGCCGCCGCCGCCGCCGGCGCCGGUGCCGGAUCCGCCGCCGCCGAGCGCGCGCGGAUCGGGGAUGGUCCCGAAGGCGAUGACGUUCGCGCCGUCGCCGCUGCGUCGAUCGAGCGGACCUUCUCCGAAGUUUGACGUCAAAGAGGUCGACGACGACGACGACGACGAUUCGAAGAAGAAGUCCGAAGAAGACCGACCGGCGUCGCCGCUCGAGUGCGACAUCGUGGACAUCCUCGCGGACCUCCACAGCGGCGAGACCGAGCGCGCGAUCGAGAAGACGCGGAACGCGCCGCCGUCGUUCUUCGACCGAGCCGGCGCCGCGGCGGCGCCGGCGACGGCCGCCGCCGCCGCGGCGUCCUACCGCACCCCCGCGCCGGCGACGACCGGGACGAAGAAGCGCAAAGGCUCGCCCGUGGAAGACGUCGAGAUGUUCGAGGAGGAGGAAGACGGAACGUCGACCGUCGCGGACGGCGAGGCGCUCGCGGCGCUCCUGCGCGCGAAGCUGCGCGCGCUCGCGGAGGAUCACGGCCGCGAGACGCGCGCGCUGAGAGGCGAGCUUCGAGCGGCGCGCGAUCGACUGAAAGCUUUGAGCGAGGACGUGGAGGAUCUGACCGUGCUCCUGGGCGAGUCGUUGCGCGAGAAGGCGGUGACGCGCUGGAAGUCCGCCGCGCGCGUCGGCGUGGAGCGGAAACGCGCGAAGACGAGCCGAGACGCGUUGCGCGCCGCGGCGUUGCGCGCGAAGGAAGCGGCGGCGGCGGCGGCGGCGGGGGGGGUCGGGGAAGACGGCGAAAAAAAAGGCGGACGCGAAACGUCAACCGUCGCGGACGAGGACGCGGACGCGGACGCCAUAGCAGCGCGCUUCUCUCCGGAGGUGUCCGUGCUUCGACGCGCGUCCGAGUCGGAGCGCGAGGCGACGCGACGACGUCUGGAGGCGGACCUCGCGCCGGCGGUUCGCGAGGAUUUACGCGCGGUUUUACGCGCGGAACUUUCGAGCAAGGUGAAGGACGAGCUGCGCGACGAGCUGCGCGGCGACGUCGAGCGCGAGAUUCGCGGGGGGGGCGCGCGCGGGCUGUUCCUCCGGUCGCCGUACACGCCGAGCGGGCACCUGUCGUCGUUGGCGCUCAGCGCGUCGCGUAGCGGCGGCGCGAAGGGCCGAGGCGGGAGAGGCGGCGGCGGCGGCGGGAAAGGGAAAGGAAAGCGCGCGCCGCUGACGACGUCGAAUAACGUCCCCGAGCUCGUCGCCGCGCACGAGCGCGCGGCGAUGGAGGGGUCGACGACGUCGCUGUCGCCGCCGAGCGGCGCGAGCGCGGCGGCGGUGGUGGUGCCGCCGCCGAGCGCGAAGGAGAACGGCGGCUGGUUUAGCGGAUGGUUUUGA